CCGCGGCGAGAUCGCUGCGCGCGACGCUGUUCUGCAGCCUCCGGAGCGGUCGGCUCCGGCUCUUGCGGGAUUCGGGCCCCAGCUCGACACCCGCUCUCUCUUCACGCCCCGCCGGCGGGGGUUGCCAUGGUCCACUUCUUGCACCCGGACCUCUCGCCCCGGACCAUCGCCCUCCCGGACGCGCAGAGGGAUGCCCCGGGCCACUACGUGGUGCAGGAGGAGGCAUCUCCCUACUCUUUGGUCGACAUCUGCCUGAAUGUCCUGAUUACUAACCUGGAGAAAUUGUGUUCUGAAAGAUCCGAUGGAACACUAUGCCUUCCUGAGCAUUGGCAUCUUCCUCAGCAAUUAGCUGAUCGGUUCCUUGGAGUGAUGACUUGGCAAGGCAAGCUGACUGAUAGAACAGCGAGCAUUUUCCGAGGCAACCAAAUGAAACUGAGGCUGGUCAAUAUUAAAAAGGCUAAAAUCUCUACAGCUGCAUUCAUAAAAGCUUUCUGCCAUCACAAACUCAUUGAACUGGAUGCUACUGCGGCGGACCCUGACCUCCCAAUAUCAGACAUCCUGCAUGGACUCUGCAGCAAUAACUGGCUCCAGCAAAACCUCCAGUGUCUGGUAUUGGACUCAACAAGCAUCCGUCAAGAUUCAAAACUACUGUUUGGUCAGCUCACUGGUCUUCGAGUUUUAAGUGUUUUCAAUGUUUGUUUUCAUAAUGAAGACCUAGCUAAUGUUUCGCAGUUACCAAAACUGGAAAGCUUGGAUAUCUCCAAUACUCUGGUCACUGAUAUCUCUGCACUCCUUACCUGUAAGGAUCGACUCAAAUCUCUCAAAAUGCACUACAUGAAAUGUCUAACCAUGACCAAACCACAAAUCCUCGCAGUCAUUAAAGAACUUAAAUGUCUGUUUCACCUUGAUAUUUCUAAUCACAGGCAGCUCCAAUCAGAUCUAGCUUUUCAUUUGCUGCAGCAGAAGGAUAUUCUACCUAAUAUCGUGUCACUGGAUAUUUCGGGGGGCAGUUGCAUCACCGAUGGAGCUGUGGAACUGUUUGUACGGCAGCGGCCUGCGAUGCAGUUUGUGGGACUGUUGGCUACAGAUGCUGGUUAUUCCAACUUCUUUACUACACAGCAAGGCUUGAGGGUUGCUGGAGGAGCCAAUGUGAUUCAGAUUUCAGAAGCAUUGAGCCAGUACAGGGAUAGGUCAUGUUUUAUGAAGGAAGCCCUCUACAGACUUUUUGCAGAGACGUUUUCAAUGCAGGCAACCAUGCCUGCUGUUUUAAAACUUGUGGCUGUAGGAAUGAGGAACCAUCCAUUGGAUUUGCCAGUGCAGUUCACAGCCAGUGCUUGUGCCCUCAACUUAACACACCAGGGCCUGGCCAUGGGAAUGCCUGUUCGUCUGUUGUCAGAGGUCACCUGUCUACUUUUCAAGGCUUUGAAAAAUUUCCCUCAUUAUCAGCAGUUGCAAAAGAAUUGUCUUCUCUCCUUAACCAAUGCCAGGAUUCUUGUGGAUGUUCCAUUUGACAGGUUUGAUGCUGCCAAAUUUGUGAUGAGAUGGCUCUGUAAGCAUGAAAACCCCAAGAUGCAAACAAUGGCAGUGAGCAUCACCUCUAUUCUGGCCUUGCAGCUCUCAAGUGAGCAAACUGCACAACUUAAAGACGAGCUCCUCAGGGCAGUUAAGGAACUUCUAGCAAUAGUAAAACAAAAGACUACUGAGAAUUUAGAUGAUGUCACCCUCUUGUUUGCUUUGAAAGCACUUUGGAAUCUUACAGAUGAGUCUCCAGUUGCCUGCAAACACUUUAUGGAAAAUCAAGGAUUGGCAGUCUUCAUUCAAGUUUUGGAGACUUUUUCAGGAUCACCAAUACAAAGCAAAGUACUUGGACUUUUGAACAAUGUAGCUGAAGUCAGAGAACUCUCUUCCGAGCUGGUGACCAAAGAUGUGGUGAAGCAUAUCAGCGUCUUGCUCCAUAGCACAGCAAUGGAAGUCAGCUAUUUCGCUGCAGGCGUCAUAGCCCACCUGGCAUCUGACAAACAGCCCUGGGUGUCCUGUGACCUUCAGAGGACUACUCUUCUCCAAGAUCUGUAUGUAACCAUCCAGAAUUGGCCAAGUUCAAGUUGUAAGAUGACAGCAUUGGUGACCUACAGAUCCUUCAAGGCAUUUUUUCCUCUCCUUGGCAACUUCUCGCAACCAGAGGUUCAGCUCUGGGCACUAUGGGCUAUGUAUCAUGUCUGCAGUAAAAACCCCAGCAAAUACUGCAAAAUGUUAGUUGAAGAAGGAGGAUUGCAGCUUUUGUGUGACAUCCAGGAGCACAACGAGGCAGACCCCCAAGCACAGCAGACUGCAGCCUCCAUUCUUGAUGACUUCAGAAUGCACUUCACGAAUCAUCAGAGACUCCCUUUGUGUUAAAUGCCCUUUUUAACCUAA